CGUCCGAUAGGGGCAGGCCGGGAGGCACCUCUGUUGAGCAAAGAGCGCAGCGUUUGCGGGGAGCUGAGGAGUGCGAGCAUCUGGGACAUGACACCGAGCCAUAUGGCACACUGAUGGUUCAGGUACUCCAAAUUGGAGUGUAUAUCUCUGUACUCAUUUGGUGCUUCGGUCGUGCAGGGUGCCAUUAUAAACAGGGCGUAUCACGAAUCGCACCCUACUUUAAUCCAAACAAUGGGAGCGUCAGGGGUGCUCCGCGAAAGGUACUCGGGACCGGUGUAUCAGAUUGGAACGACACAACAUCUCAGUGUACCCUGGCAAUGUUUGGCGGAGAUGAGGCGGCCUACUGGGCCUGCAGGACAGAAUACGCCUUUCAACAGAACUGGUGGCCAUCUCCCAUCGCAGGCUUGUUCAGCUACCAGACGUGGAAUGGUUUUGACGGCUUCUGGCGAAAUGGCGCCGUGCUUGAAGUUCUCACUAACUUCAUGGCAUUCGCCAACAACUCUCGCUAUAUCUCUGUAGUCCACAGUUCGUACAGAAACUUGUCUCAACUUCUGAGGGCUUACGGACCCCAACCAUCGUAUGACGAUAUGGCGUGGUAUGGACUGAGUUUUGCAAGAAUUGCUGAGCUCCUUGGGGACUCCACUUUCCUGUCGUCCGCUCAGCAGAUCUACGACUGGAACUGGAAAAACGGCUGGGAUACAAAUACUAGCAACUGUCAUGGAGGCAUGUGGUUCGACCAGGAUGUCAACGCCAAGCAGACGAUUACCAAUGUCCAGAUGCUACAACUGGGAGCGAGGCUAUAUCACCUGACGUCCUCUAGAAGCAGACGACAAGAGCUGAUGUCACGUGUUAACCUCACAAUGGACUUUUUAGCAAAGAACUUCGUGAUCAAUCCUUUAACCUUCCAGAUUGCAGACGGCAUAAAUAUUAAUAACUGCACGCCAAACCACGUUUAUGGUAUUACGUGCAACAGUGGCGUUUUUCUCGGUGGCCUUGCAGAACUUUACAAAGCAACAAACCAGACUUCUUUGUUGAACGUAGCCCAAAUGGUUGCCAAUGCAACAAUGACCUUGUCAUCCAAACACGGCGUUUUGAUGGAAUAUUGCGACUUGGGGAACCAAACAUGUGACAACGACGCAAAAAUGUUCAAAGGAAUAUUCGUACGCAAUCUACGCUAUCUCGCAGACGUUUCUGAUCAGGCUCACGCUAAACUUUACAGGGGUUACUUGGCAACGAACAUGCGUUCUCUGCUAUCAAAAUCGAUAUGUGAGCCAACGGUGAAGAAACCGUGUAACAUAUCGUAUCGAGACGGCCGACCCUUCCAUAAUUCCACCGGGCCUGUGUUUGGUACACGUUGGUUUGGCCCCUUCAGUUUCUCUUCCCCUAUGCAGGACACGUCAGCUUUGGAGUUGUUAGUCGCCAAUAUCGCCCAAGGCACACGAUGUCAUGGCGACGGGUGCGCCUACGACCCUCCCACACCUCCUCCCCGUCCGUUUACUUGUCAAGAUCACCCCUGUCCCGCGGACGAGGCGUGCUGCGCGUACAGCGACUACUACACUUGCUGUACACCAGAUCAGAAGUGUGUUAACGGGAUCUGUGAAUAAUGUCACUACCAACAAGUUAUAGGUUGUUUUAUUAGUUGCACAACUAAUUAAGGGAUGAAUAAAUAUUCAUCGUGUGAAAAAAAAGACAUGCGAAGAGAGAUGGGCACUGCUGUCGCUGUUCACUAUUCUUCUCCGGAGUUUUUUAUUUCUCAGAACAUUUCAAGGGCCUAUAGCUCACCCCAAUAAAUUCCUAUAAGUUAGGGUUCGCGUGACUAAGGGUGCCAAGAUCACAAAUGAACAGGAUUCUAUCAUGGGAACUCCCUGGUUUAUGAUCGACAAAGCGUGAAAAGUUUUUGAAAAGGUGUAUUUCAUUUUUCCUUUAGAAAUAGAACAGCUUCAUAGUUGCUGUAAUAAUGUCCUCAACUGUAUAAAAUUAUACAUAUAUAUAUUUUCACUGAGCAAACAGAAUAUGAACUCAAAAGCUAUGUGGCUAAAUGAAUAUACUUUGUAAGAUGUAUAAUUUCUUUGUAAAUAAACUUACAAAAAGACACAAAUACACUGCUAUUUUUUCAGAUAAAACUUCGAUUCUUCACAAAAUUCAGUUCAUCUUCAGUUCUGCUAAUAUUGCAAUUGUCAAUAAUUCUUUACUGUUUUCUCGUUAAAGUCCUUACCCUUGUAAGAAAAAAAGUCCAUUUCUUUUUAACAUUUCAAUGAAAUAUCUCUCACAAAUUGCGUUUUGGGAAAUAUAAAUAAAUUGAAGAUACAUUUAUGUUAAUCUACCUCCUACAUUUGACUUCUCACAACAAAAUUAAUAUUCAAAUGUAAACAAAACACGUUAAUACCACCCCCUAAAAAAAUUAUAUAUUAAUAUCCUUAACUUCAUCAGCAUCUAUUUAAAUAAGGUCUGUUUUCUGUGAUGAAAAAUAAUAUUAUAGUCUCUUAUAAACUAAACGUGGUAGAACUGUUUUCUUUGAUGCAUUAAUAAUCGAAUUAAUAUAUAGGCCUUAUACUACGGAGAUAUCACAAUUCAAUUACAAACUAAAACAUAAGUUCCAGAACUUUUCAUAUUAAAAAAGAAAAAUGUUUGUCCUUAUUUACCAUUAUACCAAAUAAUCUACUUCAACAAACAACAGUCAUUUACUAGUAAACACAUUGUUCACAAUUACACUGUUCACAUGCUAAAUUCUUCCUGGAACAUCUUACCAAGUAAUUACUUUGCUAAAUGUCAAGCCAGAAACAUAUAGCCUACACUUCAUUCAGUCUUUUUUUCAUGUUGUUGUCAAUACAGAUUGAACACUUUGUUUCAUAUUGACAUGCACAGUUCACAAUUGUUGACAGCCUUCAAAUCGGUAAUAUAUAUAUAUAUAUAUACUAAUGCAACGACAAAAUAGCCUAAU